CUCUCUCUCUCUCUCUCUCACAUAAAUCAGAGAUGUCAUCACCGAUGGUAGAAGACAGCAGUUUUGAAGACGAUCAGCUCUCGUCGAUGUCCACCGAGGAUAUCAUUAGGGCUUCUCGGCUUCUCGAUAACGAAAUUCGAAUCCUCAAGGAAGAGUUGCAGAGGACGAAUCUAGAACUAGACUCGUUCAAGGAAAAGAUAAAAGAGAAUCAAGAGAAGAUCAAACUGAACAAGCAACUUCCUUACUUAGUCGGCAACAUCGUUGAGAUUUUGGAAAUGAACCCUGAGGAUGAGGCUGAGGAAGACGGAGCAAAUAUUGAUCUUGAUUCCCAAAGGAAGGGUAAAUGUGUUGUAUUGAAAACAUCUACGCGGCAGACUAUUUUUCUUCCUGUGGUUGGUCUUGUUGACCCUGACAAGCUAAAGCCUGGUGAUUUAGUUGGGGUGAACAAAGAUAGUUACUUGAUAUUGGAUACAUUGCCAUCUGAGUAUGAUUCUCGAGUUAAGGCAAUGGAGGUUGAUGAAAAACCAACUGAAGAUUAUAAUGACAUUGGAGGGCUGGAGAAACAGAUCCAAGAACUAGUUGAGGCUAUUGUUUUGCCCAUGACACACAAAGAGAGGUUUCAGAAAUUAGGAGUUCGUCCGCCCAAAGGAGUGCUUUUGUAUGGACCACCUGGAACAGGGAAAACUUUAAUGGCCCGUGCUUGUGCUGCCCAAACAAAUGCUACUUUUCUGAAGCUCGCAGGACCCCAACUUGUUCAGGUAUCUUUCUUAUCAGAACUUUCAACAUGCUAUUGA